AUGCAAAAAAUAUCGCAUAGUUCAAAAGCUACUUUACAAACAAAAGCUGAAUAUUUUCGACAUAGUUUAGCGGAACGUGGUGUUUAUCUACUUGGUAGUACAAAUACUGAAAAAACUAGUUUAUUUAAUAGUCUUAUUGAUUCUGAUCUUCGUCAUAUUCAUGCACUUGGUUGUAUUCAACGUGCAACUGAAUCAAAUCUUCCUGGCAAAGAUAUUUAUUAA